AUGAACUCCAAUCACUUGCUUCUCGAAGAACCGAUACGUAUGGCCUCAAUUCUCGAGCCAUCCAGACCUAGUUACUUUCCCUCAAUGACUAGGAUCGUUGGUACUCUCGGACCGAAAUCGAGAUCUGUGGAGGUUAUUUCCCGAUGUCUCAUGGCCGGAAUGUCUGUGGCACGAUUUGAUUUUACAUGGGGUGAUGCUGAGUUUCACCAGGAAACAUUGGAAAACCUAAAACUCGCUAUCAAAAAAACGAAGAAGCUGUGUGCUGUUAUGUUAGAUACAACUGGCCCAGAGCUCCUUGUUGUCAACAAAAGUGAUCAACCUAUACCACUUGAAGCAGAUUCCUUUGUGGUUCUAACACCCGAUCAAGAGAAAGAAGCAUCUUCAAAUCUUUUGCCUAUCAAUUUCAGUGGACUAGCUAAGGCAGUAAAAAGUGGUGACACCAUUUUCCUUGGCCAAUACCUGUUUACAGGAAGUGAAACAACAUCUGUUUGGCUUGAGGUUUCAGAGGUCAAAGGUGAUGAUGUUGUGUGUCUGAUAAAGAACUCUGCUGUUCUUGCUGGGACAUUGUACACUUUACAUGUCUCUCAAGUUCACAUUGAUCUACCCACACUCAAUGAUAAAGAUAAGGAGGUUAUUAGCACAUGGGGAGUUAAAAACAACGUUGACUUCCUCUCUUUGUCACACACACGCAGUGGUCAAGAUAUUCGACAAGCGCGCGAAUAUCUUUCUAAAUUAGGUGACCUAAGUCAAACUCAGAUUUUCGCAAAGAUUGAGAACGUAGAGGGACUAGUAAAUUUUGAUGAAAUCCUUCAAGAAGCAGAUGGGAUUAUUCUUGCUAGAGGAAAUUUGGGGAUUGACCUUCCACCAGAGAAGGUGUUUUUGUUUCAAAAAGCAGCUGUUUACAAAUGCAACAUGGCUGGGAAACCUGCGGUUGUUACCCGCGUUGUGGAUAGCAUGACUGAUAAUUUAAGGCCUACUCGUGCUGAGGCCACUGAUGUUGCCAAUGCUGUUUUAGAUGGUGCUGAUGCAAUCCUUCUAGGUGCAGAGACAAUGAGGGGGUUGUACCCUGUUGAGAGUAUCUCUAUUGUUGGUAAAAUUUGUGGUGAGUCUGAGAAAGUGUACAAUCAAGAUUCAUAUUUCAAGAAAACUGUUAAAUAUGUUGGCGAACCAAUGAGCCACAUGGAAUCCAUUGCUUCCUCUGCGGUGCGUGCUGCCAUCAAGGUGAAAGCAUCCGUUAUCAUUUGCUUCACGUCGUCUGGACGAGCUGCAAGGUUAAUUGCCAAGUACAGACCUACCAUGCCUGUGCUAUCUGUUGUUAUUCCAAGGUUGAAGACAAAUCAACUUCGUUGGACAUUUACUGGUGCUUUUGAGGCAAGGCAAUCGCUCAUCAUUAGAGGUCUUUUCCCAAUGCUUGCAGAUCCACGACACCCUGCGGAAGGCACAAGUGCAACAAAUGAGACGGUUUUGAAAGUGGCUCUGGAUCAUGGAAGGAACAUUGGUGUUAUAAAGUCGCAUGAUCGUGUUGUUGUUUGCCAGAAAGUUGGUGAUGAUUCUGUUGUCAAGAUCAUUGAGCUUGAAGAUUAGUAAUAUUAAUAGUAGCCAUAGCCAGCCAUUUUUGGAUUUCAGCAAGUUUUUUUUGUUUCUUUUUUUAUCAAGUGUAAAUGGCGGCAGAGCUUGAGAUCAAGUUCUUUUUGUGCCACCACAAAAUUAGCCUAGCCUCCUUUUUAUUUAUGUAUUGAAUUCCGAUUUCACUAGUCACUUUAUUCAGUUUAUGUUUUGCAGUUCAUGACUUAUCUUAAAUAGUUUUCCCAUAAUUACAAAAAAAACUAAACUACUUUAAUCAUUUGGC